AUGGCCGAUGAUAAACCAUGCUUCAAUGCCUUGUCUUACCGGAAAAUCAUAGGAUCUCUUCAAUACCUUACCUUGACGCGUCCAGACAUCGCAUUCGCGGUCAAUGCUCUAUCUCAGCAUAUGCAUGAUCCAGCACCCUCUCAUACAGUUAUGUUAAGGAAAUUUAUUCGGUACAUUAAAGGCACAAUGGAGUUCGGUCUUCCGAUUACACGAUCAAAUUUGCUGCUCCGAACAUACUCAGACGCCGACUGGGCGUCAGAUCCAGUCACGAGAAAGUCUACUUCUGGGUUCUGCUCCUUCUUAGGCGAUACUCUGGUUUCGUGGACUGUUAAGAAACAGUCCACGGUGUCUCGCUCUUCCACCGAAUCAGAAUACCGUGCACUGGCUUUGGCAACCGCCGAUACUAUCUGGCUCAAAAAGCUUCUCGUCGACUUUCGCAUUGCUCAUUCUCAUCCCAUGGAUAUUUACUGCGAUAACACCUCCACCAUUGCUUUAGCAAACAAUCCGGUUUUUCAUGCCAGAACAAAGCAUAUAGAGAUCGAUCAAUGA